UUUUGAAGAACAAAGAGCGGCACAUAUUCCCGCUCCCUUGAAAUUUCUCUCCACUCAACUCCACUCCCAAAAUCGCCCCGCCAUCACCGCCGCUGCGCUGCCUUCCACGGCCGCAGUCAUGGAUUCCUCCACCGCCACUGCGCUCCUCACUGAACUUCAAUCUUCCUCCAAAUUCACCACCAAUACCUACAAUAACUUCUCCAAUUACCUCCACGAAUUCACUACUCUCUCCAAACCAAACAAGUCCUCAAAAUCCACUGACGUUACUACUAUCAUCCGUUCACUUGCCAAACAGUUCCUUUCUUUCCUCAAUAAAGCCCUAAGCCUUUUACCCAAACGUUUAUCUGAAUCGCCCAGAAUUCCUGACGAAUCUGCCCCUCACUUGUUCGACAUUUACAGGUUGUGCCUUAACUGCCUUGAGUGUAUCUCUUCGCAGCUGUCGUGUAAACCCUACACCAUUCAAGCACAAAGAGUUCGGUACAUUCAUUGUCUGGAAUCAUGGGAGAAAUACGAGGAAGCUGAAUGUGAAGGACUCUCUGUACUUAAGGUUCUUCGCGAUAAUGCCAUUGGUAAAACCAAGGCAGAAACAAAGAAGUCGAAAUUAGUGGUGUCAACUCAGCAGCAUUUGUUGCCUCAGUUGGCCGAAGAGAAUGUGGAUCAAGAAUUUGCUCUGUUGGUUGUAGAGAUUGUUGUUACACUUGUUAAGUGUGCUUCUUUAAUUCAGAAUAAGGCGGUCAGUGAAUAUCAUGGACUUCUUGAUUUGGUUAAAGAAGUUGCGCCAUGGUUCAAGGUUUUGGAUGCAAAUGCUCAGGAUAAAUUGCAUCGGGUGCUUGUGACAUAUUUGAACAGAAUAACAAUGACUAUGUUUGGGGACUUUACAAAAUUCAGUGGGGAUUUGGUGCGGGAAUUUUGUAAAGAAGCCUUGUGUCAAAUUAAAAAUUCAUCCUUAAACGAUCAACUGUUCAAGUUUGCAAGGAAGAUAUGCUCUUCUAUCUUCUCACAAGAACUUGAGAAAUGCUUUGGGGUUGUUGACACCUUAAAAUAUGUGCUGGAUACCAUGGCUGCAGAAAUGAAG